AUGAAGGAUGUAAAAUUAAGCAAGUCUAAUAUAAAUGCAGAUGAGAAUUGUAACGAGCUAAAUUUUAAAAACAAAAUAAAAGAUAAUAAUGAAAAUUGUGAAAAAGAGAAAAAGGAAUAUAAUGACAUAUCAAUGAAUCGCUUGAAUGUUACAUGUUCCGAUUUUUCAUCAUCAAGUAGUAUGGAUGAUGAUGAUGAUGAUAAUAAUAAUAAUAAUAAUGUUAAUAUUAAUAACUAUAAUAAUUACCAUUGCGAAAAUAGGUUAAACUUAUUUGAUAAUAAAACUAAAAUGAUCAACGGAAAGAAAAAAGAAAAAAAAAAAAAUAGUGUACAUGGAAUUAAUUACAAUGUAAACAAGAAGAAUGAAGAUUAUUAUCAUAAGAAUAAUAAAAAUUUUGAUAAUGAUAUAAUGGAUGAAGAAUAUAAUAAAAAAAGAGGAAAAGUAUAUAACCUUUUUUCAAAAGAACAUUAUGUAUAUGAACAUUAUAAGAAGAAAGAUAUUUUAUUAAGUUUGUGGUGGAAAAAUUUAAUAGACCUAUACUCAGAUAUUAUAAUAACCAAUUUGUGUAACAAUAUAAGUAAUAUAGAAAUUAUAAACAUGAAUCAUCAAAAUAAUAAUAUUAUAAAAAAUACAAAUUUCGAGUAUUUCAACGAAGGGGUUUUAUUUUUUCAUAAUUCAAAAAAGACGAAUAAUUACAAAAUGAGCAUAUUACGUGUUAUUACAACAGAUGAAGUAAAUAAAAAAAAUGAAAAACAAUUUUUUCAUUCAUCAGCAUUAAAAAAUAAUAUUAUAGAUGAUUCUUUUAAAAAGUAUUAUUCGAAGAAAUAUAAAAAUAUACCAAUAAUUAAAAGAUAUAAUUCUAUGUAUUUGCCAUAUUAUACAACCAAUACAGAUAUUUUAUAUUGUAAUAAACAAAAUAUGAGCACUGGUGUAAUGUCACGUGAAGCAAAGUUUAUGCAUGAUGGUAAUGUAAUUGUAGCUAAUAAAUCUAUAAACGGAAAAAUUUAUCUUUAUAAUAUUAAAAAUACAAUUAAUAGGAUUAAUAAAAUGGAAUCUAUAGAAGCUGAGGGGGGGGUAUCAACUGCUUUGGAUGAUGAUAAUUAUAUGAAUAAUGAUUAUUAUGUUGAGGAACAGGAAGAAGAAGAAGAAGAAGAAGAAGAAGAGGAGGAGGAGGAAGAGGGGGCUGAAGAUAAUAAAGAAGAUUUUGAUAAUGAAGAGAGCGACGAAGACGAGGAAGGUAUUGACGAUGAAAUAGAACGAAACAAAAAAUAUAAUAAUGAAGAAAAUAUUGGAAAAGAUGAAAAUAAUAAUUCACGUGAUGGUAGUAAAAGGAUCGAUGAGAAUUCAAAAACUGCAUGUUUUGAAAAUAAUAAAAAAAAGGAGAGAGUCCUUACAUUUAGGAAGAAAAAAAAAACAGAAAGUGGUAAGGAGGGAAAUAAGAGUUUAAUAUGGAAUAAUUCGAAUAAUAUUAAUAUUAAUGUUAUUCAGCAUAAUAAUAAUGAUGAUAAUGAUGAUAAUAAUGAUGAUAAUAAUAAUGAUGAUAAUAAUAAUGAUAAUAAUGAUGAUAAUAAUGAUAAUAAUAAUAAUGAUGAUAAUAAUAAUGAUAAUAAUAAUGAUGAUAAUAAUAACAGUAAUAGUAUUAAUAAUAGUAAUAAUUAUUAUGACCAUUGUGAUGAUAAUGAUACAAAAAGAAAAAGUCAAAAAAAAAAAAAAAUUAAAUUAAGGUAUAAAGAAAAAAAGAAAGAAUAUCACGAUUUUGAGGAAAUAAAAAAAAAAAAGAAAAAAAUAUAUGAUGGACAAUUAUUAUUAGAAUUAGAAGGUCAUAAUAGAACUGGGAAAGGAUUAUUUUUUAGAGAGAAUUAUUUAUUAAGUAAUGGUGAUGAUAAGAAUAUAUUUAUAUAUGAUAUAAAUAGUAAGAGUGUAAGUUCAAAAAUAAAUAAAUAUGGUGAUGAACAUACGAAUGUAUCAAAAAUAAAACCAUUUAUAUCGAUAAAAACAAAUGAAUUAUAUAGUAAUGUAAGAUGGUUAUAUGAUUCCUUAAUAAUUGGCUCAACGUAUAGUGGUUAUUUUUCUUUAUUUGAUAUAAGAAUGAAGAAUAAUAAUGUAAGUAGAGUUAAUAAUUCAUAUACAUAUACAUUAAAUAAUAAUAAUAGUAAUAAUAAUAGAAGUGGUGGUAUUUAUAAUAAUUUUAUUAAUUAUAAUAUGAACAAAAAGAUAUCAAAUAUGGAUAAUAAUAUAAGUACUUAUGAAAAUAAAAAAGUUGAUAUGUAUUCUAUACAUAAGAAAAUAACAAAAUAUGAAAUAUCAGAUAUAGAUAAAUAUAAUAGUCAAGAUAAUAAUUUAAUUUGUUUAAGUUCAUUAAAUAAUAUAUUCAUUUUUGAUAUAAGAUAUAUAAAUAAUAAUUUACCAUAUAAAGUAUUACAUGAUAAUUCAUAUAAUAAUUAUUCUAUAAAUGAUACAUAUUUUGAACCAUAUCAAACAUCUCUAUAUACUGGUGAAGGAAAUAGUAGCAAUACAAAUGUUAAUUAUUUUUAUGAUCAUUCAUAUAAUAAUUUUUAUAAUGAUGAUUUUUUUAAUUCAGAUACGUUUAUUCAUUCCUUGUUUUGGUGUAAUAUUGAAGGAUUUAAUUAUAUAGGAUCCUUAAAUAAUAAAGGCAUUAUCAACAUUUAUGAUGUUAAUAAAAGUAAGCAACAUUGUGUAUUUACAUAUGGAUGUAAAUAUAUUAAACAUUUUAAAUAUAAUCCAUAUAAAAUUAAUAAUUUCUUAUCAGUUGAUAAAAAUAAUAUUCUGCAUCUUUUUACAUUACCUGAUCACAUAUAUAAAAGUGAUUUUGAUAUGUAUCUAAAUAAGUAUGUAAAGGAUGAAUAA